AUGGCGUCCUCCCUGCUUGUCGGGGAGCGGCUGCAGCGAGCCCUGGGCCCCGACGGGGAACUAAAUGGAGUGCCUAUGCCUCGGGAGCUACGGGCGCGACUAGAGGCGGCGCUGGAGAAGAAGGCCGAGAGGGGCGACAGCGGAGACCUGAGGCCCGUGGUGCCCUUCCGCCUGUUCCUCGAGCUGCACCAGCACUUAAGGCAGCAGGGCUCCUCAGUCUUCCUUCAUGAGCUUCUGGAAGGCAGUGAAAUAUAUCUCCCCAAGAUUGUGAAACCUCCAAGAAAUCCAGAGCUGGUCGCCCGAUUGGAGAAGAUCAAAGUUCAGCUGGCCAAUGAGGAAUACAGUCGGAUCACCCGGAAUGUUUCCUGCCAGGCCUCAAAGCAGAGUGGGACUCUAGCUGGCUUGGGACAACAAGUGAGGUCAGCAAAGGCUUUGGUCAUCAACAUCUUCAACUUCUUCGUCACUGUGGCAGCAGCUUUUACCUGCACCUACCUAGGAAGCCAGUACAUCUUCUCAGAAAUGACAGGGAGAGUGCUGGCUGCAGUGAUUGUUGCCUCUGUAGUGGGGCUAGCUGAGCUUUAUAUCAUGGUACGAGCCAUGGAAGGAGAACUUGGAGAGCUUUGAUAAGAAUUCUUCCUCUACCCUGAAAGGUACAGUGUCUCCAAGGAACACAGGGAGACUUUGCACUGUCUUCUCCCACCCUCACUACAAGAAUUAACACCUGCCAGCCUACCUUCAAAACCUCAAUGCUCUGUGUCACUCACUAAGGGGGGUGCAGUGGACUCUUCUCUGCAUAUGGCCUUGUAUUAAGGUCCAAAGAAGAAUACUGGAGCUGCCACCACAACCACUGCCUCAUUUUUGCCCACUCCCCAACUCAAAUGGUAUCUUAGCUUUUCACAACCUUGAUAUAAACCUAGCCAGUAGCAUCAAGGACGUCUUAGGGCCACUGCAAGGUGGUGCUCAUGUGAAAGAAAAGCAGAGAGAGAAUACUGAGGCAGAAGAAAACUAGAUAGGACCUUGCAAAAGAAUUGCCUUUUUCUGAUUUUAGUUCCUGCCUUUAUUCUGACCCCAAGAUUUCUUCUUGCCCUUCCCUUCAUUCAUCUCAGUGUUUGUAGAUAUGUUUCCCCUCUCCUUGGUGUUCUCGAGGCUUUCUGUCUUCAUAGCACCGUGUACUCUUGCUUCCAGGAAUGGGGAGAAAGUAGUGGCAAAACCUAUCUGUUUAUUUUUAACCACAUAAAUCCCUUCUCCAGCUCCUAUUUGUGUUGGGGGGGAAAUGCCACCUAUGAAUCCUCUCUAGUCUGGAAAGAAAGAAUAUAGUCAGUUCUUGUUUCAAAAAAGUGCAGAUUUGUUCUAGUGUGAUAGAUAUAUUAGGGAAUGAUUUGAGCAUAACACGGAUUUUGUGUUUGCUCAUGCACCACUUCAUCCACAAGAAACUUUAAGAGACCAAAAAAACUGAGCCCCUUUGCAGGAACUCACAAGCAUCCACCCUUCCAACACCUACUUCCACAGUCAAACUUCAGGUCUUUUUUUCCAAGGUGAAAUGCCAUAUAGUCUAUGGUACAGUAGGAUCUGCAAGUUGAGAUGAGCUGGUCUAUCUCUACCCCUUCCCCCACAUUCCACUAUGGACAAGAGACACCCUCCCCCCUUGACCUAAAGGUCACCUCCACUGAAACCACUUUCACCUCAGAAGCAAUUGGACCUUGCCAGCCAGGGUCCUGCGGGGGCCCGAUUCUGCAGAUACUGCUACCAUUUACUCUAGUAUUUAUGUAUUUCGUAACCAUUUACUAUGUAUAAAACGAUUUUUAUUAGGUU